UGUAUCACAUCCCCUGUCAUAGCUCCCGGGGGAUGCAAUACAGUUUGUGUGGUUACUAGUUACUGUUACCAGGAGCACUGAGAGGAUCCGGCAUCUUGUUAAUGUGGAAUAAGGGCACCAUCCUUAGUACAGGGUCAUGAAACACUAAACCUAUCAAGAAGGAAGCCUUUCAUCAUUGGUCAUCAUGUCUGGUUUAACGCUGGAGGAUGAAGCUUUGCUUCAGUCCAUGGUCAGACAGUUGCUACAGAGUGUAAAGGAAAGACUGGCAGGUGCUCCAUCUGCUGAAUGUGCUGAAGAGAUAUUGCUGCAUCUGGAAGAGACAGAUGAACAUUUCCACAACUAUGAACUUGUAAAAUACUUAAGACAUUACAUUAAGAGCUCCUUGGGGUCUGUGAUAGAAGAGGAAACCGAAAAAUGCACCUUUGCUCAAAGCCAGGGAGAGGGAUUAGGAUAUGACACCCUUGUGCAACGAGUUACCAAAAGGACACGUGACUCAAAAGAGUAUACAGAAAUGAUGCAUUCCUUGAAAACUGGCAUGAUGGCAGUUGUUGAAGCACUUCUUAACAAGUUUGAGGAAGACCAGGCUAAAAAUAGAGAAAUGUUGAAAAAAAAUAUGCAUGAACAACACAGCGGUCAUUAUACUGACAACUGCUCUGACAGUGAUUCAUCCUUUAAUCAGAGUUAUACAUUUAUGAAUCAAGAACAAUUGCAACUAAUUGCUGAACAGCUGAACCCUAGCCAGCCUGAAGAGGUGCGAAAAGAAGCAAUGCAAACUUUAUGUUCUGCUCCACCAUCUGAUGUUCUCAACUGUGAGUGUUGGAAUAUUCUUCAUAAAAAUCUCACUCUUUCCCUUGCUGAUCCAGACUCCACAUUUACAGAGAAGAUUUUGCGCUUUUACGCUAAGACCUUUUCCUCGUCGUCUCUGAACAUGGCAAGAGAAGUAUAUGCUAGUUUAGCAAAACAUUUGGAAUUGUCAUUUAUGUCUAAAGAAAUUCAGAAACUAUUAUCAAGUGUAGUAGACAUAACAAACCCUGAUGUAAUUCGCCUAUUGAAAAAGAUACGACUUCUUAAUGACUACCAGAAGGAGGCUCCAUCAUUCUGGAUUAGACAUCCAGAAAAGUACAUGGAAGAGAUUGUAGACAGCACAUUGUCCCUUUUAUCUGUAAAUCAGGAUUCAAGCUUGCCUACAUCCCAGAUGCUUCUUGGUCCGGUCUUUUUCUUGGCCAUGAUUGAUACCAAGGCAGUGUGGUUUAAAAAAUGGAUGCAUGCUUAUUAUAGCAGAAAGGUGGUGCUACAACUUCUUGAAAAGAGCUACAAAACUUUGAUUACAGCAGCCAUUGAGCAGUGCUUCUACUAUUUCGAAUUGUCACAGUCGGCACUUGAUGAAAAUUCGAAGACAACUAUGGCUUCCCAGCAACAGUCUGGCACUAAACAGAAGACUUUCUACAACAGAAGAGAAUUACAUUAUUUAUACUUUGUUCAUUCACUCAGCCUUCUUGGAAGAUUGUUGAUAUAUAAACAUGGUAGAGAACUGUUCCCGAUAAAAGUGAAAAACAAAAAAGAAAAGGUUUAUUUGUCUGAUCUGCUGGUGCUGUUUACCAAUAUCAUGCUGUACUGUUCCAAUGGCACAAAGACUAGUCAAGAUUAUACAGGAGGAUAUGCUCCUGCAGGCCUUGCAAUGGAAGUUCUCAGAAUGCUUUGUGAUCGCAAGGAAUGCGCUAGUGAAUGUCUAUAUAUCGGGAAAGUAGUAGACACUAUCCUUUGUCCAAUACAAAAGUUAUUGGAUGGGGAAAAGAUUCAUGUGAAUUGUGAUGAAACCACAUUGACAUACAUAGCAGAUAUAUUGGCAAGGAUUGCCUCAUUUGAAGGUGGACUCUCCCUUCUUCUCUAUGGACAAAAAGCAGACCGUAACAAAACCAGGACAAUAGCUGCACAUACCAUUGCCCAGUUUUCAAAGAAACUUCUCCAUGAAGACAUCCACGCUUUAUCUGAUUCUGACAUGUUACCUGUGCUCAAAGGAUCUUUCAUAUUUGUAUGCCGCCAAAUGUAUCACACUUGUGAAGGACUCCAAGUUUUACUUCGUUAUCAACUGCAUGAGUGCAUUGCUGAUGCCUGGAAAAAGACAAUUCUACUCUCUGAGCGCACCCCAACACCUGUGGCUGGAGCAACUUCUCUUUCAUCAGGAAGCCAGGAAUUCCAGGGGACAAUGGCAUGGGAAGAAUCCUUACUGGACAACCUAUUAAAUUUUGCUGCUACUCCCAAAGGACUUCUUCUCCUUCAGCAGACUGGGGCUAUAAAUGAGUGUGUGACAUAUAUGUUCAGUCGAUUUACAAAGAAACUACAGGUGAGCAGAUGUGAAAAAUUUGGUUAUGGUACUAUGGUUACACAAGUAGCAGCAACAGCUCCUGGAGCAUCAGCUUUACAAAAAUCAGGCUUUAUCCAAGCUCUUGUCACUGAUUUGUGGGCUGUUUUGGAAUGUGGAAGAGAUGAUGUGAGAGUUAUUCAUCCAAAACCUACUCCAGUAGACCCCAUAGAUAGAAGUUGUCAAAAGUCUUUUCUCACUUUGGUGAAUUUACUGUCUUCCUACCCAGCUGUUUAUGAACUGAUAGGCAAUCAGGCUUUGCCAUCAAAGGAUGAAUAUUCACUUCGUGAAGUUCCAACAUGUUUUGCUGAUGUUUUUGAUAGACUUAUCAUUAUCAAUUCGGAUGCUAAGAUUAAUUCAUUAUUCAACUAUGAGCAGUCACACAUUUUUGGAUUGAGGUUGUUAAGCGUUUUAUGCUGUAACCUCGAUACAUUACUGCUUUUGGAAUCACAGUAUAAAGUGUCAGAUGUGCUCCUAAAUUCUCAAAAGGAAAAUGCUCUGGAAUCCUCUACAGGUGUAGAGAAGUUUAUCAUUGAUGCUCUGUCAGUUGAGCGGAACCAUACCCUUGUCCGAAUGAAUGUCAUUGGGGGCCCCCAUGAACGCAUUUUGCCUCCCAGAGCUUUGCUUCAGACUAACGAUCCGUAUCCUUGGCCAGUGUUUUCAUCCCAUCCUGUGCCGAAGUGCUAUAUUUCAGAAAUUUCCUUGAUUGAUGGACUUAGACUUCAAGAUAAUGAAUUAUUCAAGUUUUUAUCAUCAAAAAAUCCCGACAUAAACACAGCCUGGUUGGAAAACUGUAGGAAAAUAUUCUGCAGACUAAUAAAAACCAACCCUGCAUCUUUGUCUGGAUCUGUUUAUGGUGAAUUGUUAGAGAAGUAUGUAUUCCACCUCUCAGAAGCCCCCUCUAACUGUAUCUUCAGUUACCAUGAAAUCAAAGAUGAACAUUUGCAGACUGAAACUUUAUCUAAAGUCCAACGCCUUGGUGUGAAAAUGGUGAUUAGCUAUGGUACCCAUCUAAAUCGUCUGAAUGGCAACAGUGAACAAGAACUGAUUGAACUUCUGAAACAAUGUGAGAAAUUCCUGAAACCACAAAGGAUAGUCUCUGAUUCUCCAUUGCGGUAUUUGCAAGGAAGAUAUUCUGGUCAUGACUGGUUUGCAUCUUCUGUCUUCCUCAUAAUGUCAGGAGACAGUGGAAAAACAUUAGCAUUUCUACAGAAAUUAUCCCGUCUCCUUGCCUCAGCAUAUCUUUGGCUGCCACGACUUCACAUUUCUAAGCACCUAUCUUCAGAUAUUGCACAGUCUGGAAUCCAUCCAAUAUAUUUUUGUACUGCUCACUAUGUUGAGAUGCUGAUGAAGAUAGAGCUUCCACUUGUCUUCUCAGCUUUUCGGAUGUCUGGGUUUACUCCCUCUCAGAUCUGUCAGCAUUGGCUAAGUCAGUGUUUCUGGAACUACUUAGAUUGGCUUGAGAUUUGUCAUUAUAUUGCUGUGUGUAUCCUUCUUGGACCUGAUUAUCAGGUAUACAUAUGUUUAGCCAUAUUCAAACACCUACAACAAGAAAUUCUUCAACACACACAAACUCAGGAUCUACAAGUUUACUUGAAAGAAGAAUCAAUACAUGGAUUUCAAAUUGGGGAUUAUCUAGAAUACAUGGAAAGACUAGAGCAAGAAAACAGACCUCUGGUAUUAAAAGAAAUGAAAAACUUUGCACUACUUAAAUAAAUGUAAAAACAAAAUAGCAUGAUGAGUUAGCAAACAGAUAAAAA